CAUGCAACUGUCACAGGCGAGCUAUGUUAUUUUGGUUGGUACGCGCCUAGGGAGUUCCACUAGAUAACACAGCCACAAAGUCAAAUUGUAUAUCGUAAAAUUUCAAGGAAAAACAAAAAUACUUUUUGGUCUUCAUUUGAGAUCAGCGUUAUGGGUUAUAAAAUGGGAGGGAUAUGACUUCCUGGCAGCAAGUGACGACCGCACUACAAAGUCUGACGCAUCAACACGCAUGCGCUGUUUUAUCCAUUCUAUUCGGGUUUACUGGAUAUGACAUUAGGACUCAUUUGAUCGAAAACUAAACUCAUUUAAAAAGAUUAGUAAAUCUGCAUUAUUGUUCACUAUUAUAGUCACUGAUCAUGCGAUCCUGCUAGAUCUAUCAUCUGAAAAGAGCCAAAGCCAGCAGCGGUAAAGCAGUUGCUUGUUGGUGAGCUAGCAAUAGUUGUUACGAUAUGGCAAGGUAAUUGUCUAAAGGAUUUUUACAGAAUGUGGAGAAGGCACUUCGUAAUUGCUUGGAAGGCAACGCCUGGAUAAGAAGAUCCCUACUUCGAUAUUUUGUUGACAAUUAGAUAAACAUGGGUAUGCCAUUAUUGUCCCAUCCGUGCUUUAAAGCAAUUUGUGUCAUCGCUUUACUCAAUGGGCUUGGCGACUGCAACGAGGGGUCAGCAUCGCAUCAGACCUCGCAGUUCUCCUCAUAUGAAGUCACCAUACCCAAGCGCUUUGGGAAGCAGAAGAGAGACAUGGAUAGUUCAGAUUCUAACCAGGUGUCCUAUAUCAUCAGUGCCAUGGGAAAAGAGCACGUUGUUGUCCUGGAGAAGAAUGAGCUACUGCUCCCCGAGGACUUCACUGUGUACACACAUGCCAAGGAUGGAUCUCUAAUAACCAACAGACCUCCAAUGCAGGAUCACUGUCACUAUCGGGGCUAUGUGGAGGGCGUGGAGGGAUCAUCUGUGGCCAUGAGUAUCUGCUUUGGACUAAGAGGGGUGCUCCUCAUGGACAACUCCAGCUAUGGGAUUGAGCCAUUGGUGUCUUCCUCGGACUUCAAGCACCUAGUGUACCGGCUGGAGGACGUGGUGUCGGAGCCGCUGGUGUGUGGCACUCCACACACGGAACAACUAGCCCCAUCUGAACAGGACCACUCAGAGCAUCACACCCACUCUGACACACACAAACAGCCUGUCAGCCACCUCCUCAGGAGAAAGCGGGCAGUGCUUCUCCAGCCACACUAUGUAGAGCUGCUCCUGGUGGUGGAUCAUGAGAGGUUCACCUACAUGCACGGGAAUGAGACUGCAGUGCGAGAAGAGAUGAUUCAUCUUGCAAACUACGUUGACAGUAUGUACAUGGAGCUAAACAUCCGUGUGGUGUUGGUGGGCCUGGACAUCUGGACCAGCGGGAACCCCAUCAGCAUUGAGGGCAGCGCCGGGGAGGUGCUCAGCCGCUUUGUCCAGUGGAGGGAGAAGGAGCUGGUGCCACGGCAACGCCACGACAGCGCCCAGCUCAUUCUGAAGAAGAGCUUUGGGGGCACUGCUGGGAUGGCCUUUGUCAGCACUGUCUGCUCGCGGAGUCACGGGGGAGGGAUCAACGCAUUCACCAACAACAACAUCCCGUCCUUUGCGUCCAUCGUGGCCCACGAGCUGGGCCACAACCUGGGCAUGAACCACGACAACGAGCGUAACUGCCACUGCGGGGUCACCAGUUGUAUUAUGAACUCGGGCGCCACUGGCUCGCGGAACUUCAGCAGCUGCAGCGCCGACGACUUUGAGAAGAUGAUCCUGAACACGGGGGGAAGCUGCCUGCUUAACAUCCCGCGUCCGGAAGAGGGCUACAGCGCCCCCUACUGUGGCAACAAACUGGUGGACAUGGGAGAGGAGUGUGACUGUGGCUCAGACAAGGAAUGUGAGAAGGAUCCGUGCUGUGAAGCCAAGACCUGUAAGCUCAAGGGUGGAGCACAGUGUGCUUAUGGAGAGUGCUGUAAAAAUUGUCAGUAUUUGCCAGGGGGCUCAGUGUGUAGAGGUAGCAAUGAUGAGUGCGACCUCUCGGAGUACUGCAACGGCUCAUCUGCACUGUGUCCAAGCGACGUCUUCAAGCAGAAUGGCCACCCCUGCAAAGUGGAUAAGGCCUACUGCUACAAUGGGAAGUGCCAGCACUAUGAUGGACAAUGCCGGGCAAUCUUUGGCCCAAAGGCAAAGGCUGCCCCAGAGGUGUGUUUCAAAGAUGUCAACUCCAAGGGGGAUCGUUUUGGAAACUGCGGCUACCAGAACAAUGGCUACAAGAAGUGUGAGAGCAGGAAUGCAAUGUGUGGGAAGCUACAGUGUGAGAACGUCCAGUCAGUCACCGUCUUUGGCAUAGAGCCCUCCAUCAUCCAGACGCCCAUCGCCGGAAUCAAGUGCUGGGGUGUUGACUUUCUGCUGGGUUCGGACGUUCCAGACCCUGGCAUGGUGAACGAGGGGACCAAGUGUGGGGAGAACAAGGUCUGUUUGAAUUACGACUGUCGGAGCGCCGAUGUGCUCAACUACGACUGUGAUAUCCAGAAGAAAUGCCACAGUCACGGGGUGUGUAACAGCAACAGGAACUGCCACUGUGAGAACGGCUGGGCACCGCCCUACUGCGAAGCUAAAGGUUACGGCGGCAGCGUGGACAGCGGCCCUACGUGGAACGACAAGGACACCGCCACAAGGGAUGGGCUGCUGGUUUUCUUCUUUCUGGUACUGCCUCUGAUGGCGCUGGGCCUCUUCGUCUUCUUCAGGAGGAAUGAGCUGCAGAGGCGCUUCUGCAGGAGGAAAAGAUCCCAGGGCUACGAGGCCGACAGCAGACCUCAGCCCAACACUAGCCGGGGCCCUCCUCCGAGCGCCAACCCCAACACCAUUGUCAAAGACAGAGUUGUGCAGACGAGCAGGACCGUCUCUGUGCCGUCUUAUGCUGUCAGACCACCUCCUCCCUACUCAAAACCAACACCUGCUGCAACACAACUUGUGCCUCAAAGACCUGCGCCCCCACCCCCAGUCUAGCCCAUGGAAACACGGUCAGCCAACAUCCACACAGGAAAUGCAGUCACUUGACAUAAGAGGCACACCUGCAAUACAGAGUUGUAAAACGAACCAGACCAGUUUCUGAUCCACUCCAAGGUGUCUUUUUUGUUGUUGUUGCAAGAAGCAGAGAUGAUGUUUGGCUACAUAAGACCGCUACUACCAAUUGCAUACACUUCACUUCACCUUGAGCAACUGUCAUAGGAAUGUCAAGAUGAUGACACACAAGCCCUUGAUGAUCAUAGUGGGGAGUUUGUGUUGGUUAAGUAAAACAUUUUAAUUCACAUUUUAGACAAACUUGAUGGUGCUGGUGGGAAUGUAAUCCAUGCGCCGGCUUAACUGAUACUGCAGAAAUGUAUCUGGUUUGGAUCAUACUGCCUGCAGUUUACCCUCUCUUUGGUCCUACUGUAUGAUGAUUUGUGUUCUUUAUUCCCUGAAAACAGUUUUGACGACUCAGAUGCUUUUAUCAGAUUCAGGCCACAUGAGUUUAACAUAAAACUUUUUUUUAAUUUUCACUUGGUUAAUGGUAAUAUGCAGCCUUUCAUCACUUGAUAACCCUCAGAUAUUUAAAGUUUUGCAGUAUUAAAUCUGGUUUGAAUCAGUUGUCUUAUAAGUGUGUCCCAUACAGUACAAUAAUGUUGCUCUUACAACCUUAAUCUUAUGUUGCUGUUAAUUUAGCUUAAAAACCAUGCUGGAUAUCCAUCUUAAUUUUUCACCUUUUGGAAAUGAAGACAAUAUCGUGGAUAUAUUGGAUGAUGAGCUAGAUUAUACCUGGACCUUUUGACUGAUAAAUGGUUUCUGCAUUUGGUGACCCAAUACAGAUAUUCAUAGCCUGUCCCUUUGUUACAGUUCUUCUACUCAAUACAUUUUAUAGGAUACUUAUAUUUUCCAAUUUAGCCAUUACCCCCCAAUGGAUUCCCCAAAUUUAGACACCUUUAUUAAUAAUUUGAUUAAUAAGCCGGGUCUAAGGGCAUUCCGUUGCGACAGCUUGUGAGAUAAUCCAUGGUCCAAUGAACGUACAUGCUAGUAGCAUGCGUGACGGCGUCCGAAAUGACAUCCAUAAUCGGUAGACGGGUCUGAUUCAUAGGUUGCCAUUUGCAUCGCCGAGCAGUGAAGAAACUAUCAAAUCGCAUUUUUAGAUGCUAACCCCCCUCACCAAAUCAAAAUCUAAUAUGGAUGCCAAUGUUUUGUUGUCGCUUUGUGCGUGCACAUUUCCUCAACUUCCCGCAGGGUGCCUAUAUUCCGUGGCUGAUUAGCUUGACAGACAGGUGUGAAACACAGACAUGUGUUCACGCAAAAUGAGAACACAAUAUAGAAUCCAGAAUUGGUUUUGAUUUGAGGAGGUGGGAGGUAGCAUCUAAAAACUGGAUUUAAUAUUUUAUUCACUUUUCUGCGAUGCAAACAGUGACCAAUCACUAGGCAAGACAGUUAAGAACAAAUUCUUAUUUACAAUGACGGUCUACCCUGGACAAACCCUAACCCGGACAAUGCUGGGCCAAUUGUGCGCUGCCCUAUGGGACUCGCAAUCACGGCCGAUUGCGAUACAGCCUGGAAUCGAACCAGGGUCUGUAGUGACACCUCUCAUACUGAGAUGCAGUGGCUUAGACCACUGCGCCACUCGGGAGCCCCAAAAUGUACUAAGACCGCUACGUCACUUGGGAGCCCCAACAGGUACCGUCAUUAGUGCAUGACUUAUCUCGCAAGCUGUCGCUAUGGAAUUCCCUUAGACCCAAGCUACACACAUUUUUUGAGUUAUGAAUUAAUUAUAUAUACCCAUUGUUCGCUUAAUUGUUUCAGCUGCUGUUUGCCACUUUAAUGUGUGUCCAUUUUAUUUGACUGGUUUUGUUGUAUCCCUGAUUUGUUUGAAAAAAAAUAUUACAUAAAAUAAGUCAAUAUUUAAGGGCUAUGUAACCUUUCAUGUGAUCAUGCCAUGUAUGCAUUUUGAGAAACUAUAUCGAGGUCAAUGGCCUAUGCAUUGAAAACUGGUGAACAUUCUGAAAUGUGUUUACUUAUAUCCGGACAUGAUGAUUUUCCAAUGACGGGAAGGAGGCAGGUCAAGUGGCUUUAGAAGCAUCCUGUCUCAGACAUUUGAAAGACACUGCCUGCAUAAACGUUACUGAGGCAUCCUAUAGCAAUAUGGCAAUCCUCCCACCUCUUUAAUGGUGCAUACAACAACCAACUUCCUUUGCCACAAUAAAGACUGACUUCUUCAAGAACAAAUGUCAUGUGUCAUGUGUAGGCUACAUGCUGAAGUAGAAUUUUAACAAAAGUUUGUUUGAGGAUCAUGUACGUAUGUGGUUGACAUUUCAUGUUUUAUGUUUGCAUAAUGUGAAAAUGAUUUGAUUGGCCUGAUAGAACUGCAUUUCCUAAAUCUUCCAGGUUCUCUGUAUAUGAUUAUGAUGAUGUGAUAUAGCUGGCAAUAGUGAAAAUGUCUGACACUUUGUGAUUCAAAGAAAGUCAUGACUGCCUUGAUUGGACUAAUUGGUGGUGGUGAUUUUUUGUAAUGCAUAUGAAAUAAAAAUCCACAUACUCACAUAAA